AUGGACUGCCCCACAUCGGGUGGGCACCAUCAGGCAGGUGAGGAGAGGAGAAAAGCCUGCUUGGGUGACCUGGGGCCAGUCCAGGAGGACGACUGUUCUAUCUUCUGCCAGCACCAUGGGCUGGCUCCAUGGGACACACAGCAGCCGCUGAGUCCACAGAGUGGGGAACCUGGUAUGUCUAGAGGUCAGUUUGGACAGGGGCAGGAACCUCUAGACAUGUUUUUCUGGGUGAACGAGAUAAGCGGAGAAAUCACCUACCCCCCGCAGAAGGCAGAUGCACCUGCUGUUUCUCCUGAGAGCCCACAACAGAAGCCCCCAUCUCAGCCCAGGAGUAUGCAGGGGGCUCCUUGCAGUCCCCAGGGCCCGCCUGCACAGAGGCCUGCCCCUGCACCUCCAUCUAAGGCUUCUCUGAAAGACUCAGGCCCAAGAAAACCCUGCCCAUCUGCACCAACCUGGGGCCAGGCCAAAGCCGGAGGAGCGAGGAGCCCCCCACCAUUCUCAGCAACCCCUGUCAUCAUCUCAUCACCAGGAGUGACUCCGCCCGUACUCGGGCCCCUGGGACCAGCCCCUCAGCCACUGGUCUCGACCUCUCCUCUCAGCCCUUCUGCACUCUGGGCCUUCACCUGCAAGCUGAAAAAUGUCCUUACUGGGAAUAACUGGUUUUCUUUUUGAAUCUUAAGGAAAUUUGUCUGGCUACACUCUUUAAGCACCUUCCUGAGCCACCCGUGGCCAGGCUCUGCAGGCUGCAUCUGCCUGGCCCCAUCUGCCUUCCCCAGAAGCACAGGACUCACCCCACAGGUCUCACAGGAACAUGUCCAGUGCUUUCAAACCCAGUAAAAUUUUACUUAGAUUUUGA